AUGACUUCGUCUUUUAUCAAAUGUACAUUAACGUCCGUGAUUUUUCUGUUAGCAAAAGUGGAUGGCACUUUUCUUAACAAGUAUGUUUCUUCCGAAAUCAACCAAAAUGUCCAAAGUUCGUACUCUUCGCGGUAUGAUGCCAUGACUCAGGGAAUUCAUAAUAACGAUGAUAUCAGGCCGCUUAAAGUUGGGCAAAAUGAUACCCCGUCUGAUGAUGAAACCGUAUUUUUUUUUGUUAUGUUUGGUAUUGGAGCAGGCUUUUCCAUGCUUAUAUUCAUCGCUUCGUGUACGGUUGUGUUAAGAUUUCUUUUCUCUAGGGGGCGUCUGAUUUUGACAAAUGAUACUCCUGGUUCUUUGGAUGACGCCGCUUUAGAUGAAGAAUUGGAUGCUCGUGUUCUUCAAGAAUUAUCUCCGAAUGACCAGGAACUAUAUUUUCAGUCGAAGGAUUUUGUAAAGUUAAAUCCCCCUCUAACUUGUGAUUUAACGCUUUCUCAGUCAUUAACGAUACAAGAAAAGGGUGUUCAAGCCUGGGAAUUUAAACCAAAUGUCGCAUGUAUGGAGCAAAUUAAGGUGACAAAUAAAACGGAGAUUAAUUUUAUGCAAGACCAGCAGGAGCUAUCAGUCCAGACAAAUUUUCCAAUACCAUCUGAAAAUGAUGUCUAUUAUUUUGAAACAAAGUUAUAUGAUUAUCCAAAUAAUGAAGAGUCAUGCUCGGUUUCCAUAGGUAUUUCUACAUUUCCAUAUCCAUAUUUUAGACUUCCAGGAAGACAGAAAUGGUCUAUCUGCUAUGAUUCUACAGGAUCGCGCCGUUUCUGUGAUCCAUGUCCUUUGUCCAUAAAGAAUGGAUUGGUUGCAUUCCCAAAACUUCAGCGUGGUGAUGUUGUCGGUUGUGGUAUCCGCACUCAUAGCAGAACAAUUUUCUGGACCAGAAAUGGGAAAAGACUAUCUGAGACAAAAAUUGGCGGCCAUAUUAGGAUGCCUAAACAUUUUAAACUCUAUCCCACCAUAGGUGCAAUCGGAAAGUGUAAAUUUCAGGUUAACAUUGGCCAGAUGGGUUAUGUUUUCAUAGAGGCUAACGUGAAAAGAUGGGGCUUUGGUCCUUUGGAAGGCAGUGAAACUCCACCUCCCAUGUACACUAAGUUCAAUAAAGACGUUCUGCUUGAAAGCAGUGAUUUGGACCCCAUAGAUCUCAACUUGAGAAAUGGUGAUUUCCCACCAAACUUUCAUGAAACUAUUGCAACACCGGCGCAAUUUACAGAUGCGGAUCUUGAUGAUGAAGAUGACAUUACUUUACGGACAAUACAAGAAGAUCGGCUAGGUUUCUUUAAAAAAAGAUUGGGUAAGGGUAUUAUAUCCAGGAAAACUAGUUCGGUAAGCACAAGUACUAGCGAUCUACCUCCGGUUCAUCCUCCACACUAUAACGAUGUUUUGGAGCAAGAACAAAAUGAGGCAGUUAGUAUAACUAACCAAGUUGUUCGCCAAGAAGGAGCAUCCGUAUCACGUUCAAUGACUGAACACUUGGAUACUUCCGAGAAUGAAACCUCAAAUUUUUAA